UUAUUUUUGUGAGUACAGAAAUGCCAUCGCCUUCCUCGCAAAUUGUACUGGCUCCGCUCUGGUGCUCCGCCUUCCUCUGCGCUGCCUGCAAAACCCUUCAGCCCAUUUGAAUGGAAAGCUAAACGACAGGCUAUGCCAUGGAAGGAGAGCACCGACGCCGCUCCUCCUUCUCAUCCUCCUUGCUCUGCCUAGUCUUCCUUGUCUGCCUAGUCCUCGCCGUGGGGGCGAGCGGUGCCGGCGACUUGGAGCUGCUGUUGUCGUUCAAGGGCGAAGUCGGGAAUCCACAGUCGCUCCAGAGCUGGGACCGUAUCCGCAGCCCGUGCUCCUUCACCGGAGUGACCUGUGACUCCGGCGGCCGCGUCGCCGCCCUCGUGCUACAGGGAGUGCCCCUCGUCGUCGACUUCCGCAGUGUUUCGUCUUCGAUCCUUUCCCUUGAGGGACUCCAAAUCCUUUCCCUCCAAGCUGUCAACCUCACUGGAACCUUAUCUGGAGGCAUCUGCGGUAGCCAGUUGGUUGAGCUCGAUCUCUCCGGAAACGGUCUCCGGGGAUCUCUUGCUGACGUUUUCUCUUUUGCCGCCGUUUGUGCCGGGCUGAAGUCGCUCAAUCUCUCGCGCAACUCUUUUGGGAUUUCACCAGCCGCCGCUGGGAAUGCUCCUGCCUUUUCGGCGCUCGAGGUCGAGACGCUUGAUCUCUCCUUCAACAAGCUCUCCGAAGAGUCUGAACUCCGGCUGUUGCUCUCCAACCUCGGCGCCCUCCGCCGACUCGAUCUGGUCGGAAACCGCCUUUCUGGUGGUCUUCCCUCCGUCGUCAACUGCUCCUACCUUCAGCACCUGGACCUUUCUUCCACUAGCCUCUCCGGCGAGGUUGGCGACGAUGUCUUCACCGAUUGCCGGAGCUUGACAUUCUUGAACCUGUCUGCCAACCACUUCAUCGGCCGUCUCCCCUCCAGCCUCUCCUCUUGUGAUUCCUUGACCUCACUCAGCCUAUCCAGCAACAACUUCUCCGGCGAGUUCCCUGACGACAUCCUUACCUCGCUACCCAACCUCCAUAUUCUCGAGCUGGCGUUCAACAACCUCAGUGGCAGUCUGGGGAACUCCAUCACCACGAUGCCCAGUCUUGAGGUGUUCGAUCUCAGCUCUAAUAUGCUGACGGGAGCCAUUCCCCCGGAGCUUUGCCCUCACGGGUUCGCCUUAAGACUGCUCUAUCUUCAGAACAACCAGCUCACCGGCGGCAUCCCGGAGUCUCUGAGCAACUGUAGAAAUCUCGUCUACCUGGAUCUCAGCCUCAACUACAUCACCGGAACCAUCCCCCCGGGACUCGGCACGCUCUCUUCCCUACGAGACCUCAUCAUGUGGCAGAACUUGCUCGAGGGCGAAAUUCCGCCGCAGUUAUCCAACCUCCGAAGCCUCAAGAACCUCAUUCUCGAUAAUAAUGGGCUCACGGGACCGAUCCCCACCGGGCUGGCGAAUUGCAAAGGUUUGAACUGGCUUUCCCUAUCCAGUAACCACCUCAACGGAACCAUCCCCUCCUGGAUCGGCCAGCUUCACAAUCUUGCAAUACUUAAGCUCGCGAACAACUCCUUCUCUGGCCCGAUUCCUCAGGAGCUUGGAGACUGCAAGAGUUUGAUUUGGUUGGAUGUGAACAACAACCAACUCACUGGAUCAAUCCCGCCGAGCCUGGCGAAGCAAUCAGGCAAAGUGCCAGCGGGCUUCUUGGGUACCGGCGAGCCAUACGUCUACCUGAAGAACGAAGGGCACAGUGGAUGCCGAGGCACAGGCGACCUCCUCGAGUUCGGUGGCGUUCGGCCAGAGGAUCUCGACCGUUUACCCAGCCGCCACUUCUGCAACUUCACCAGGCUUUACAAAGGGAUAACACAGUAUACCUUCAGCAACAAUGGAUCUAUGCUCUUUCUCGAUCUCUCCUUCAAUCAGCUGGAUGGGGAGAUACCAAAGGAGCUUGGAAAUAUGUACUACCUUCUCAUUUUGAACCUGGGCCACAACCAGCUCUCCGGAUUCAUUCCACCGGAAUUGGGGAACCUGAGGCAUGUCGGAGGGCUUGACCUCUCGCACAAUGCACUUGAAGGGCCUAUUCCUCAGUCCUUCUCCGGCCUUGCCUGGUUAGCUGAGAUUGACCUCUCCAAUAACAAGCUAAAUGGGUCUAUUCCUGAGCUGGGUCAGCUGGCAACCUUCCCACGUUAUGACUAUGACAACAACUCCGGUCUUUGCGGGUUCCCUCUCCCGCCUUGCAAAGACAUUGCCGGGGCAAAUUUGGAGACACAACACAAGAAGAAUCAUCGCCGGCAGGCUUCUCUCGCAGGGAGUCUCGCAAUGGGAUUGCUUUUCUUCAUCUUCUGCAUUGUCGGCCUCAUCAUCAUUGCAGUAGAGAGCAAGAGGAGGAAGAAUGAAAAUAAAGAUAAGAGCAACCGAGCCGCUGGGGACAUCUACACCGAUAGCCGGUCUCACUCCGGCACUGCCAAUUCAAACUGGAAGCUAACCGCCACCAAAGAUGCAUUAGCCAUCAGCCUCGCCACCUUCGACAUGCCUCUCAAGAAGCUCUCUUUUGUGGACCUGGUCGAGGCAACUAACGGUUUCCACAAUCAUAGCCUGAUAGGUUCAGGUGGAUUUGGUGACGUUUACAAAGCCCAGCUGAAAGAUGGAAGCAUUGUUGCCAUCAAGAAGCUUAUCCAUGUUAGCGGGCAAGCGGACCGAGAGUUCACAGCUGAAAUGGAGACCAUUGGAAAGAUCAAGCACCGCAACCUCGUUCCCCUGUUGGGCUACUGCAAAGUAGGAGAAGAACGUCUGUUGGUUUAUCAGUAUAUGAAAUAUGGGAGCUUAGACGAUGUCUUGCAUAACCGAAACAAUGUCGGAAUCAAACUGAAUUGGGCAGCUAGAAGGAGGAUUGCAAUGGGAGCUGCCAGAGGCUUGGCAUUCUUGCACCACAACUGCGCACCUCGUAUAAUUCACAGAGAUAUGAAGUCAAGCAAUGUUCUUCUCGACGAGAAUUUGGAAGCGAGGGUCUCAGAUUUUGGGAUGGCAAGGCAGAUGAGUGCAGUGGACACCCAUUUGAGUGUUUCUGCAUUGGCUGGCACCCCUGGUUAUGUGCCACCUGAGUACUACCAGAGCUUCCGGUGCACCAUCAGGGGUGAUGUUUACAGCUAUGGCGUCGUCUUGCUUGAGCUGCUCACCGGUAGACGACCUACAGAUUCCGCAGACUUUGGCGAUGACAAUUUGGUCGGGUGGGUAAGGCAGCAUUCUAAAGUCAGAAUAAGCAAUGUCUUCGACCCUGUGCUGUUGAAAGAUGACCCUUCUCUGGAGCUGGAGCUAUUAGAGCAUCUCAAGAUUGCUUGUGCCUGCCUUGAUGAGAGACCAUUCAGGCGACCAACAAUGCUAAAGGUGAUGUCCAUGUUUAAGGAGAUACAAACAGUUUCGUCUUUAAGCACCAAUGUUUCUUCAAUGGAUGGGAGCCUCUGCGAGGGAGAUAUGAGCUUGAAGGAAGAAGACAAAGAAGAUAGAGUCUGAAGGAGGCAUGCCAGAAGAAGUGGAAUCUUCACACAAGCUGGUUCCAUUCACCUUAGCAGGUUGGAGAGGACAGAAAAUUUCAUUCUUCACCUUCCCAAUGGUAUGAACAAAAGUUUUCCCAUGUAGAAUUAUAUCAUACAGUCCCUAAAACAAUGUUCUAUAUCUCUCUCUCUCUCUCUCUGUUUUUCCCCUUUUAUUCUCAUUCAUAUACGUUAAUCAUGCCUUCACAAGUUCUCUGUACAUAGUAAGUGAAUUUUGUGUGAUUCAUCUUCCACUCUAGAAACCCACCCUUAUCUAUAAUUUAAUUGCUUAAUCUUUUACUUUGUA